GACCACAUCUUGAAAUCCAGAGAAACCUGAAAAUAUAUAGUAAUUAGGUAUGUAGGUGGGCGUGUAAAACAAAGCGGGUGGGACGUGGAAGAAGGUACAUCCGGCUCAUUAUUGCCCCAUCAACUAAUCACUUAUUAGGUCUGGUGGAAAGUAAUUCUUCCAUGACUUCAUUGCAUUCACAGGUGAUCGGCUACUCUUGAUUUGGGUUAGGGUUUUGUAGUAAUUAUAUCAGCAUCGCGUUGUCCCAUCCCAAUCCCAUUUCCUUCUUGUGGUCAAGCUCUGUUUUUUAUCUCCAAAACUAAAUGCGAGUCCAAAUGGUAUUAACGUUGAUCCAGAUUUCAAGUUAAAAUAAGUAUGUUUCUGGUCUGGUGGGCUUCAAGUCUUGUCGGGAACUUUUCUGGGCCAAAUUCCUAUUUAGUUUUUCAUCAGCUCCACACCCUAAUUGUGAUGCUAUCGACGUCUUCCUUUGCAUGUUUGGUCAUAUUCAAAGGGCCGGGAGAAUACUUCAUACGGUUUCAAUUUUUUCAAGCCUCAUCGAUCAGUGUUCUUCGUCAUCAAACCCUUCGAAUUCUCUGAGAUUAGUUCAUGCCCAGUUGGUAAAGUUCGGUUUAAGUUCCAAUACAUUUUUGGCUAAUCGCUGCAUCGAUCUUUACUGCAAAUCCGGGUGUGGAAGUGAAGCUUUGAGGGCAUUUAAUGAACUUCCGAAUAAAAAUAUUGUAUCUUGGAACUUAUACUUGAAGGCGUGCGUUAAAUAUUUUGGUGCUGAAAAAGCACACAAUGUGUUCACUGAAAUGCCCGAGAGAGAUGUUGUGAGUUGUAACACAAUGAUUUCGGGCUAUGUUUCGAGUGGAUUCGUAGGUGAUGGAUGGGAACUCUUUUUCAAAAUGCAGGAUUGCUAUGUUAGGUGGACUCACUUUACUUUUUCAAUCAUGUUAUCUUGUGUAGAGUGUGGUAAUCAUGCCAAGGAAAUGCAUGGAUGUAUAAUGAGGCAUGCUGAAUGUUAUUCCCAUUUGGUUGUUGGUAAUUCCUUGAUAGAUGCGUAUGGGAAGCUUGGCCUCGUGGAUUAUGCGCUUGCUGUGUUUCUGAGCAUGAAGAAUGUGGAUCUAAUUUCUUGGAACUCCUUGAUUUCUGCUUGCUGUAAAUCUGACAAUGACAAUUUUGCUGUGCGCAUAUUCUGUUUGAUGAUAAGUAGAGGUUUCAAAGUGGAUGAGUAUACAGUCUCUGCAAUGCUCGCUGCUGCGUCCAACUUGCAGAAUUUGGAAAGUGGAAAACAGAUGUUUUGUCUUUCUGUAAAGAUGGGGUUUCUUCGGAAUACAAUCGUUUCAAGUGCCGCAAUUGAUAUGUUCUCCAAAUGCAACAGAAUGCAGGCUGCUCUCUGUCUAUUUCAGGAAUCACACAUACUUGAUUCAGCUAUCUGCAAUUCAAUGAUUGCUUGUUAUGCAAACCAUUAUGCAGAGGAGAAUGCUCUCGAGCUUUUUGUGUCUUCUUUCAGGGAAGGUAUCAGACCAACAGAAUUUACACUAAGCUGUAUUAUUCACUCUGCUGCAGAACUUUUUCCACUGGAGCAGGGCACUCAGCUUCAUUCUUUAGUGGUAAAAACAGGGUUAGAAUUGGAUGCAGUUGUGGCUAGUUCUCUUGUCAAUCUGUAUGGCAAACAAGGAUUAAUUGAGUCUGCAACAAAUAUUUUCUUAGAUAUGGUAUUUAGAGAUUUGAUAGCGUGGAAUACCAUGUUACAUGCGUUGACUCACAAUGGAAAGUUUGUUGAAGCUAUUCAAUUCUUUGAAAACCUACUUCAAAGUGGUUUGGGUCCCGAUCAAAUAUCCUUCUCUGGUGUUCUUUUGGCUUGCAGAUACGGUAGGUUUAUUGAGGAAGGCAUGGCUUUUUUAUUUGCUAUGCAAAAGCAGUACGGGGGUUGGCCAAUAACUGAGCAUUAUGCCUAUGUUGUGGACAUGAUGAUUCAGGCCGGUAGAAUUAAUGAAGCUGUUUAUUUAUUGCACAUGAUGGAAUGUGAACCUAAUGAUCUUAUUUGGGAAUCAAUACUUUGUGCCUGUUGGGAUUAUGGGAGUGCAGAGCUCAUUGAACAAGCUGCAAAUAGGAUGAUUGAGCUUGAAACAAAAUCAUCGCUUCCCUACUUGGUUUUGGAUAAACUUUAUGAAAAAACAGGUAGAUGGGAAAGCCUUGCUCGAGUGAGGAGGAAGAUGAAAAUGAGAAUCACAGAGGAAGUAGUUGACUGCAGUUGGGUUGGUAUAAGAGGCCAUAUCUAUUCUUUUACAGCAAUUGAAAUGAUUCAUUAUGGCCGGGAGGAUAUUUCCUCAAUUCUGGGUUUAUUAAAGCAAGAAAUUUCAAUGGAAACCAAUGCUUGUUUCAAAUAAUACAGUGAGUAAAUUGGUAUGCAAAGCAGAGAUUUGUCUAUUCUUAGUUUGGUAAUCCCAAGUAUUGAACAACAGGCGGGUAUGAUUCUGUUCACAUAGAUAAUGGUUUCCAGACGGUAAGGAAACGUAACUACAGGGGAAUAACUCAUUAAAGGCACAAGAAAUCAGUUCGAGUGAUGUGAAAGUUGAUUUUUUGCCUUCGUGAUGUUUGUGAAAGACCACCAUUCUGCUGCAGUUGUCGCAAUCACUAGGGCUAGAUACAAUUGAGAAACUUUCUGAUGUAUAUGCUUUGUAUGAAUCCAUUAAAGAAUCUACAAAGAGACAGCUCUGCUAUUUUGUUAUAUCAAUGUCUGAACACUUCCUCUUGGUUUUUACUUUAGCAAGAGCACAAAAAGGGAUAUGGACUAAUACAGAUAGUACAAAUUGCUACAAGAUGAUUUUUUGUUAAUUUGCUCUCGGUGUGAUAUGGUUUAUGUACUCAACCUAGUUUUCCUCCAACAAGAGGACAAUGCUAGACAAAUCUUUUGUAAACUUGAGUUUGCUUGAAAGGUAUCGAUCUCGAUCUAUUGUUUUUAUCUGUUGUCUCUCUCUAAUUUGAUAUAAAGUACAAUA